CACUGCCUCACCUCUCUUAUCUCUGCUGCCAUCCGAUGCUCAGGGCAGAAACCUGCUCAGGACCCGGGGUUCCCAAGACAGAGGCUGGAACAGAGUGUCCUUUCUGGAGGAGGGAAGGGUCCCUGCAAGCUAGAGAUGGCUUAGAGGUCUGGAGGUAGGGAUGGCAUUACAAAGGAGGAGAGUUUGUAAGGGGUGCCCAGAGAGACGGGGUGAGGCCUGGGGAAGGAGGCUGGGACUAGCUAAUUCAGAUCUUGGGAAAGAGAAGGGAUGGGAUGCUGGGCAAAGAGUCUGUGGGAGGCUGGUGAGGAGCCGGGGUACCCCGGGAACUGAGGUUGGGGGUGUAGGGCAGCUCUGGAGCGAGCAGGGGCCAGGAAGGAUGUAUGCAAGUGUAUGUAGAGCAAGGGUGGGGCGGGAGCGAUGUUCUAAAGGGCGCCCCCCACGCCCACGCCCGCGCCUCUGCUGCUCGGACACUAACUGAGAUGGAUGGAGUGACAGAGAUGUGGUGGCCUCAGGCGCCUCAUCCCUCAGCAGCCACCUGCCCCUGUGACGGAGGGGUCCGGGUGGGGGGACCCAGUGGUAGAUAAAGGGAUGGAGAGGUUAGCAGGGGGAUAGGAGGCCCCAACAGAAGCAUGAACGGCGGCGGCUGUGGCGGCUCAGACCCGAAGCCCACUGCAGGGAUGGACCCUGACAGCCACCCUGGCCAGGCAGCUGUCGCCUUGGCUUACCAGCGCUUCGAGCCCCGCGCCUACCUCCUCAACAACUACGCGCCUCCUCGUGGAGACCUGAGCAACCCUGAUGGCGUCGGGCCUUGGAAGCUGCGCUGCAUGGCCCAAGUCUUUGCCACCGGGGAGGUGUCUGGACGGGUCCUCAUUGACAUAGGCUCGGGCCCCACCAUAUACCAGUUGCUCAGUGCCUGUGCCCACUUCGAAGACAUCACCAUGACAGACUUCUUGGAGGUCAACCGGCAGGAGCUGGGCCUCUGGCUGCGAGAGGAACCAGGGGCCUUUGACUGGAGCGUGUAUAGCCAGUAUGCCUGCCUCAUCGAGGACAGGGGUGAGUCCUGGCAGGAGAAAGAACACCAGCUUCGAGCACGGGUGAAGCGUGUCUUGCCCAUCGAUGUGCACAAGCCCCAGCCCCUGGGAAUGGCGAGCCUGGCCCCCCUGCCUGCCGAUGCCUUGGUCUCUGCCUUCUGCCUCGAGGCUGUGAGCCCAGAUCUUGCUAGCUUCCGGCAAGCUUUGCAUCACAUCACGACAUUGCUGAGGCCCGGGGGUCAUCUUCUCCUCAUUGGGGCCCUGCAGGAGUCGUGGUACCUUGCUGGGGAGGCCAGGCUAUCUGUGGUGCCCGUGUCAGAGGAGGAGGUGAGGGAGGCCCUGGUCCUUGGUGGUUAUGAGGUCCGAGACCUUCGCACCUACAUCAUGCCUGCCCACCUCCGCACGGGGGUAGAUGAUGUCAAGGGCGUCUUUUUUGCCUGGGCCCAGAAGAUGGAGGUGCAAGUGUGAGGGCCCCACCCCACGUCAGGUGUCCUGUGCCUCCCAAACUCCUUAUCACCCCAAGUAGCACCUAAUAAAGCAAU